AUGCCGCAUCCCCCACGCACCCUCCUUCACAUACAUCAUCCCCAGCUGCCAGAAAAACACCACACUCAACAGCACCAUCUGCGCCGUGUACAUCCCACUCACCCCCAGCUGCCGGCUGCGUAUCCGGUCAAACGUGCACUGGAUCGGGCAGUCCCGCGUCGAUGCAUCGUAAUCCCGGAACGUGAGGAUCGCAGCCACGAGCAACAUCACGUAGUUGCACAGCAUCAGGAACACGCGGAAGUCGCGGAGCCGGGGAUGUUGCGAGAAAUACGAGCGGAGCGCGAGGAGGGAGGCGAGGUGGGUCACGGCGCUGAAGAAGGAGAGGUCGAAGACGAUCCAGAAGUGGCGCGAGGAGAUGUUGCAGUGUUGCUGGUCGGAGAGGCCGAGGGUGACGUGCUCGACGAGGGAGUGGAGGCGGGUUUUGAAGCGCUUGAUGGCGGGUGGGUCGUUGAGACGGAGAGCGCGGGGGAGGAAGGGGAGGAUGUCGAGGAGGGAGAGGAGCGUUAUGGGCAUGGCGAAGAGGACGGUGAGGAUGGCUGUUAUGCCGAAGGACCAGACGACCUGGGGGAUGUGUUAGUACGGAUCAAAUCUGAAUUGGGUUUAUGGAGGACAUGA